AUGAGCUACUUGUUAUGUGACCAAAUCCGUAAUAAUUAUGGUAAAUGUUAUGAAAACAUAUUUAGUAUGUUCAAAGAUUUUGUAGAAGCAUACAAUAAUGAUACUAAGUCUUUUGUAUGUAGCAAUCAAGUAGAACACUUAAAAGAGUAUGAAUUUAUAAAAAUGAAAACCUUAUAUGAAUUAUAUGAUAUUUAUAUGUCUUUAUCGCCAAGACAUGAUUUAGGAAGUAAAAAUUAUUGCGUUGUCCUGCUUAAAUUAGUUCACUUAUAUAACUCCUUUUUAAAAAAAUAUCGAUCCGAUAGCUCAGAAUUUAAUAAUGUAUUGACAGACUUUCAUGAACUAAUGAAAACUAUUACAAAUACCGGAAAAGCGCAUUGUAAAGAUGAUUAUUUUUAUAUAGGUGAACCAUAUUUAUAUACACCAGAAGUGGUACAAAUAAAAGAUCUCUACAGCACAUUAUCAGAAAAAGAAAGUAAACUAUCACAAGAAAAGUCAUUAGAUAAUACA